GCUUCCACGGACGGUCGUUCGACGUCGAGCCGGGCACGUUGGCUUUCUCCGUAACGCUGUUCUGUACGGAAGCGUUAGUCGCGAUCAUUGUGCUGAUGGUCCGAAGAAAUCCCAGAAUCGGCGGCGAGCUCGGCGGCCCCAAGAAGGCCAAAAUCGUUACCUCAAUCUUCCUCUUCUCCCUGUGGAUCGUGUACCUGCUGAUCAGCAGCUUGGAGGCUUACGGUAUCAUCAAGGGUUUCUAAGCGGGUUGCCACCAACCGAACCAACAAACACAACCAAAGCACUUUGCCAAUCCCCCCAGCAAGACAACGCGUGGCGCCAGCGUCCUGCCAACUAAGCUGCUUACUUAUCGAGAGUAUGAUAGAAGAAAAAGCAGAACACGUGCGCGUGUGUGUGUGUGAAAGUGUGCUUGGGGUGAGACACCCCUCCACGCAGGACACAAUGGUGCAAAACAAUAAGCACACACACUCACAGACAAAAGUUCGUUCAGAGGCGUCACGGGCCGUCUAGUUGAAGCAAACAAACUGCGAAAAAAAAAAACAAAAUAAUAAUUGCAAAGCAAAACAAAACCCAUGAAGACAAUUUUAAGGUAAAUGCGAAAGGGUUCUUCUUCCUACUCACCACUCCUCUGAGCCUCGGUGUUUGAUGCAGUAAUUUUUGUUUGUUUGUUUUGUAAUUCGUAAAUGUUGUUGUUUUCCAGUAAAUCUGCUUUCCGCGAUCGCUUUUAGCUACAUCAUCUGUAUGCCGGGUUUUUUGUUGUUGUUGUUGUUGUUUUAGUUGAAAUUCUAUUCGAUUUGUUUGCGGUGCCACUGUUACAAACAAACCUCUUCCUUACGAGCUGUAGACGUUCAGCAUGUUAGGUUAUUUGUUUGUAAAUGUUUUUAUUAUUAUUAUUAUUAUUUUGUUUUAAAAGCGUUAGGAAAAAAACAACAACCCGCAGGAGCUAGACAAGCGGUGCAGCGUUAGCGAGCAUAUGUACUAGAGAUAGCUAUUAUUAUAUAUUACACGGCGAGUUAGUUGUUGAUAAGAGAAAAGCUAAAAUACAAGCAAACAAACUGAAGAGAAAAAUGCAAACCAAAAAAAAGCGAGAAAAAAAACAACUUCAACACCGCAAAUCCGCGCUCCGCGCAAGUAUCGAAUGAGUGCGAAUAAGGAGUAUGGGACGUUACAGAUAUACGCGCAAUCGGGAAUGGUGUGAAAAAAGGAAGAUGAAAGAAAAAUAUGACGAAAAAAAAAAAAAACAAAUAAAAUGGUUAGGAUGACUCGUACAGAUAAAAGAAACCAAGCAAAAGAGGAAAAGAGUGUAGCGGCGAGCAAAGCUCUACUUAACUUAACGGAAUACAAUAUGCCAAAUUUGUUGAAACUUAGUUACAUAGAGUAUAUCUAUAUACAUAUAAACGAGACACAAACACACACAUACACACAUUUAAACACACAAACACAAAUGUAGAAAUAAGCGCGUGUUUCACCGAAGGCGAGAGCAGAUGCGCGAGCGCGUUUGAUGUUGAUUUUCACAAUUGUUCAUUUCACAGCGUUACGAGCGUUACGCGGUACAGAGGAGUGAGUAACGGUAAAGGGUUUCCGUGGCAUGGAAUGGAAUGCAUUACAUUUAGCAGGGUAUAUUUACUGAGUAAGAACCAGUACCGGGAGGGAGUGAGGGCAAUAUUUAAACGCUUUGUGCUGUACCACCUCAAGGGCGCAUCUCGAACACGAUCACGAUCCCGCCGCCAUCGGUACGCGGCACAAAAAAAAAACAGCGAGCAAGGGGCAAAUAGUUAAAAGCUGCGUGGAAAAACGUGGAAUUGGUAAGAGUAGUAGUUUAUUGUUUUCUUACAAACUCUCACAAAAAUCCACACAACACCAUACCCAUGCCGCUCCACACAAAGAAUGCACACAUCCGCCUCGAAACCGAUUCUAGUCAGCGUGUGGAUGUAUUAUAGAAAUGCUCCGAUGCGAACGAAGCAAGUGGCCGGCAAGUGGGCUGGAAAAAAACUGUUUUUAAUUACAAAAUACGACGGUCAGCGGGGAGCGAGUAGCCUAAUUUAGUAGUAUUUAGCGGAGCAGAGGUAGCGAAAAAGGAACAACAGCUCCCAAGCUCCCGGUUCAACCAAAGAUCCCAGCAGUUCAAGUGAGUUUGCUCAAGUUUAGCUUUUUGUUCGCAAUCGAGUGCGAUUACGCACUCCCAGUAGAAGAAGGGGGUGCACCAUGCUGCGAGGGCUUUAUUGUACAUAAUGAUAUUUUAAUAACCCAGUAAGGGACGGGGGGGGGGAUGAGCGCAACGAGACGCGAUGGAGGAAAGAAGAAAAUAACACCAACACGAAUAGGAAUACGAUCGGAUGAGAUCGGUAGAUCGCAAACACAGAGCCGGAUUACAGGACAAUCGCUUAGUUGAACUCGUUACAAUUGCAAUUCAGUGAGGAUCUUCUUCUGUUUUCUACAAAGAAUUUACGUUAUUUUUUCCUUCACACUUGUAUCCUUUAUCCCCGAAUGACUCGACCGGUCGGGGAACGCAUGGCUCGAUCUGCAGCAUAAUCGCUACUGCCCUAUCGUCCAACCGGAAUGCCAACUAGCUAGAGUGGUUUAACAUAAGUAACUAAAACACAACUGCAUGUGUCGCUUCCGGGUGGCAUCCGGUUACACACCACUGGCCUCCCAACCCACCAACCAACGUAGGGCGUACGAACUCGCGCAAGUGGAACGCUGCUCUUUGGGCGUAUUUCAAAGCGCAACGCAAAACAUAUCGCUCUCAGUAGCAGUAGCGGACCAAAGCAAGACGGAUGCCUCGUGCUUCUCGUGUUGUUUUUCUUUCUAUACACCGACGCAAAUAGUAAUAACCUUUACAGACCCGGCUCCUUCGAGAGAGAGAGAGAGAGAGAGAGAGAGAGAGAGAAAGAGAGAGAGGUGAGAAGAUAUUUCGUCCAGGUUUCCAUUUCACGCCACCCCUUGUCUGUCUGUCUGCGGCUAGCAAAGACCAAAGGCACACUCAUCAUACACACCAGCCGGUUUCCUAUCGCUUUAGGGUUUAGAUAAAACUGAAACGUUUCUUCCUCUUACGAUUAGUGUAAUGAACUAUUUCUUUCUAUCUUUUGUUUUAAAGAAAAUUAUAACAAAACAGCAAAACAAAAAUACGAAAGCAUCUUAGAAAAAGAAAAGCGUUGAUGCGGUUUGUUAAAGCAAAAGGAAAAGAAAAACAAGGUACUACGAAUACUCAUUGAAUCAUGUUGGAUACUAGAGACGCACCCAACCGAAUGUAAGCCCCCGCGUUAUUCUAGUUCUAGCUCCGUUUUCGACUUCCUUCACAAGGAAGAUCACCAAUCGGCAUUAGCUGUUGCGCCGUUACGCACGCGAGAAAGCCGCCAACUACCCAGCAACCCAUAACGGUACCCGGUCAACCGUCCACCGGGCACAUCAAGCAAAACCAUUCUUCCAUUUCAAACCAAACCAAACGAAAACAAACAAACAAACUACAUACAAACUUAAGAAUUUACUUAGACUCUAAUACCGCGUAAGUCUCGUUUUUAGGGUAUUUAAAUUGUAGCCUUGUAAGCCAUGUUAGCCGUUAAUCAGCGAUCAUUUUGAGCAGGCCACCCGUCACAACGAUCCUUCCAGCCCGGGCUGUUGAGCUUGAGAGGGGUUUUUAUUUUUUGGCGUUGUUUUUAUAUUACUUCACACAGACCAUUCAAUUAAACACUGCAUUAGUCUACAGCGCGAGUAAGGCCAUCCUUUCUUCCGCUGUAUUGGAGCACAACAUCCGCCUCUGGGAAGGGUGGUUGCAUUGUACGAUCAAGCCCAAAACACUACUAGAGAAAGGAUGAAGAUUGUGUUAACCAAAACAAACAAACAAAAAAUACAACCCACACAUACAGGUUUAUAGUAUAAUAAACGAUAACACCUUUCGAUCGGUAGCAAAUCAACAGGUCCGAACUCCGUUUGCUCAGUACUAGUGCCAGUACUGGUGCCGUUUCAAACAGGGAAUUGGUCUGAUUUUUUAUUUUUAUCUAGGCAAAGCCACAAAAAAAACAAUAAUGGCAAAACUUAGCUAACGACACAAAAAUCCCAGAACGACAACAAAAGACGUUUCACUAAAGAUAGCGACAGGUGCGUUUAAGCUAAUAGGACUGGGCUAGCCAGUAGUAGGUAGUGUGUGCGAAGAACAAGCGAUGUGUAGCGAGGAACGUCGGAGUGUAGUGAUGCGGUAAAGGGGGUUUUUGAACAAACAAAAAAACACAAAUAAAGCUCGUUGCAACAACCAACCAUCCAA